AUGGACAAGAACCAACGAAUUGUCAUUAUCGGUGCCGGAGUCUUCGGACUCGGGGCAGCCCUGCAGUUCAAGGAGGAGGGCUAUACUUCCGUCACGGUCCUCGAUCGCUCCAUGCCACCAGUCCCAGACGGUUCCAGCAAUGACAUCUCUCGGAUUAUUCGAUUCGACUAUGGUGAUGCGAUCUAUGCAGAAAUCGCCAAAGAGGCGUACGACUUGUGGAAGACUCCAGAAUUCAACGAUGCUUUCUACCAGACGCCCUGUCUCUGGGUAUGCCAGGAAGGCACUGCCGAUCAACCAGUGCAAUCGCGAGCGCAAGAAUAUAGCGCAAAGACCAAGCAGGUUCUGACUGAGAUGGGACAGCCAUGGCAUGCCGUGACGAGUGUCGAGGCCACCAAGGAAAGAUUCCCCGAACUAACGGGACGCUUGGCCACGCCUGGUUUUGAUGGAUUCUACAACACCAAUGCCGGAUGGGCCGAUGCUGGCAAGGCUAUCGCUCGUCUUGCUGCGCGCUGCAUUCAUGCUGGAGUGUCAUUCUUGACCGGUCCCAACGGGCAUGUCACCGAAUUUGAGAAGAGUGCUGAUGGAAGCAUCGAGCAAGUUCGCACGGCCGAUGGCAACACCGUAAAAGGAGAUAAAUUCAUCGUGGCCACGGGUGCGUGGACUUCCGGUUUGGUACCAGCCUGGAACUCGAUGCUGGCAGCCGGUCAGAUUGUGGGCUAUCUUCGACUGACUCCCGAGGAGGCUGUCCAGCUUAAGAAAAUGCCUAUUUAUUUCAACUUCUCAACUGGGUUCUUCUGCUUCCCACCUCAUGAGGGUACCGCCUAUUUGAAAGUCGCGGUUCAUGGGUUUGGGUACACCCGGAAGAAUGAGAAAGUCAAUGUCUCAUCGCCGCCAGCAAACUCCGUUGCUGCACGAGCCAACUUCGUCCCGUCGGAGGGAUUGAAGAGGAUGGAGGCUGGGCUCAUGGACCUCUUUCCUCACCUUGCCCCCCGCGGCUUCGAGCGGACCGGCCUCUGCUGGUACAACGAUACACCCACCGGCGAUUUCAUCCUCGAUUACCAUCCCGAACAUAAGAACCUUUUCAUUGCGACGGGCGGAAGCGGACACGCAUUCAAAUUUCUCCCAGUGAUCGGCAAGUACAUUGUGGGUAGCUUCGAGCGAAACCUUCCGCAGAAUCUCCUCAACAAGUGGAAGUUCCCCACGCAAUUCCGUAAUCGCUUCCAAGGCGAAGUCUUCGGUGGUGAUGGCAGUCGUGGCGGUCCAGAGCGUCGGGAGUUGACUUCCAACGAACGAAACACUUUCGACUCGGCCUUGGCGGCAUCGGCCAGACAGAGCAAGAUCUGA